UGGUAUUUCGUUGACAAAAGUUUGUUUUUAUAGUGUAUAUAGGAACUAUUUGUGUGUUUAAUUGUGCUUGACUCGCAGAACGUUUUUAUCUUGCUCGCGAAGGAGUGAAAACUUAAAUCACUUUCGUUGACCGUGUGUGUAGGCAGUGUGGUGAACGUACCGCAUAACAUAAAGAAUCAACAUGGCGGAUAGUGAUACAAAAUUUGACCGGUCUGAUCCGGAGUUGAAAUACCUUUCUGUCGAUAGAAAUAUGUUCAAUGAUCCCGCCACACAAGCUGAAUGGACCCAGAAAAGGCUGGUGUGGGUUCCCCACGAAACCCAUGGCUUCGUGGCUGCAGGCAUCAAAGGCGAACGUGGCGACGAAGUGGAAGUGGAAAUCGUGGAGACCGGCAAACGCACGUUGGUGGCAAAGGAUGAUAUCCAAAAAAUGAAUCCGCCAAAAUUCGACAAAGUUGAAGAUAUGGCAGAGCUGACAUGCCUCAAUGAAGCCUCCGUCCUGCACAAUUUGAAGGAUCGCUACUACUCCGGCCUUAUUUAUACGUACUCGGGGUUGUUUUGCGUGGUUGUAAACCCUUACAAGCGUCUUCCCAUCUACACAGAAAAGAUCAUGGAGCGAUACAAGGGCAUCAAACGACACGAAGUGCCUCCACACGUCUUUGCUAUUACAGACACUGCCUACCGUUCUAUGUUGCAAGAUCGGGAAGACCAGUCCAUCCUUUGUACUGGUGAAUCUGGAGCUGGUAAGACAGAAAACACAAAGAAAGUGAUACAAUAUCUGGCAUAUGUUGCUGCAUCAAAGCCUAAGGGUUCCACCACUCCUCAUACGGGUGAACUUGAACAGCAACUGCUACAGGCCAAUCCUAUUCUUGAAGCAUUUGGAAAUGCAAAGACUGUCAAGAAUGACAACUCUUCUCGAUUUGGUAAAUUUAUUCGCAUUAAUUUUGAUGCAUCUGGCUAUAUUGCGGGGGCCAACAUUGAGACUUACCUAUUGGAGAAAUCAAGAGCUAUUAGACAGGCUAAGGAUGAACGUACUUUCCACAUUUUCUACCAACUGCUUAUGGGUGCACCGCCAGAGUACAAGAAGGAAUUCAUUUUGGAUGAUCCCAAAUCGUAUUCCUUCCUGUCUGGUGGUCAUCUGCCAGUUCCUGGUGUUGAUGAUGCUGCUGAAUUCCAGGCCACAUGCAAAGCAAUGAAUAUCAUGGGAAUGACACAAGAAGAUCUGUCUGCUAUCUUCCGCAUCAUAUCUGCUGUGAUGUUGUUUGGUAACAUGAAGUUUAAACAGGAACGAAACUCUGAUCAAGCAACCCUGCCAGACAACACUGUAGCACAGAAGGUGGCACAUCUCUUGGGUCUUAGUAUUACAGAGAUGACAAAAGCCUUCUUAAAACCACGAAUCAAAGUUGGACGAGAUUUUGUCACAAAGGCCCAAACAAAAGAACAGGUGGAAUUUGCAGUGGAAGCAAUUUCUAAAGCAUGCUAUGAGCGCAUGUUCCGUUGGCUAGUCAACAGAAUUAACAGAUCUUUGGAUAGGACAAAACGACAAGGAGCAUCUUUUAUAGGUAUUCUUGACAUGGCAGGUUUUGAAAUUUUUGAGCUGAACUCUUUUGAACAAUUGUGCAUCAAUUACACUAAUGAGAAAUUGCAGCAGUUAUUCAAUCACACUAUGUUCAUUCUGGAACAAGAAGAGUACCAGCGGGAAGGUAUUGAAUGGAAAUUCAUUGACUUUGGUUUGGAUUUGCAGCCUACCAUAGACCUUAUUGACAAGCCAAUGGGAAUUAUGGCCUUGCUAGAUGAAGAGUGUUGGUUUCCAAAGGCCACAGAUAAAUCUUUCGUUGAGAAGCUGGUCAGUGCCCAUAGUGUGCACCCUAAAUUCAUGAAGACAGAUUUCCGAGGAGUGGCAGAUUUCUCUGUGAUCCAUUAUGCUGGCCGUGUGGAUUACUCUGCUGCCCAGUGGCUUAUGAAGAACAUGGACCCCCUAAAUGAAAAUGUUGUCUCUCUUCUUCAGGCUUCUCAGGACCCCUUUGUUGUACAUAUCUGGAAGGAUGCGGAGAUUGUGGGUAUGGCUCAGCAGGCAUUAACAGACACCCAGUUUGGAGCUCGAACUCGCAAGGGCAUGUUCCGAACAGUCUCACAAUUGUACAAAGAACAAUUGGCUAAGCUCAUGGCUACUCUUCGCAACACCAAUCCUAACUUUGUGCGCUGUAUUAUACCCAAUCAUGAAAAGCGUGCUGGCAAGAUCGAUGCUCCUCUUGUACUUGAUCAAUUGCGUUGCAAUGGUGUUUUGGAGGGCAUUCGUAUAUGCCGACAAGGCUUCCCUAAUCGUAUACCAUUCCAGGAGUUCCGACAAAGAUAUGAAUUGCUGACCCCUAAUGUUAUCCCAAAGGGUUUCAUGGAUGGAAAGAAAGCUUGUGAAAACAUGAUUAAUGCUCUAGAAUUGGACCCCAACCUGUACCGUGUUGGCCAGUCAAAGAUUUUCUUCAGAGCUGGAGUGCUUGCUCAUCUGGAAGAAGAGCGAGAUUACAAAAUCACUGACCUCAUUGUAAACUUUCAAGCAUUCUGCCGUGGCUAUUUGGCAAGGAGAAACUUCCAUAAGCGAACCCAGCAAUUGAAUGCCAUUCGCAUCAUUCAACGAAACUGUGCUGCCUAUUUGAAGUUGCGCAACUGGCAAUGGUGGAGGCUGUAUACUAAAGUAAAGCCUUUAUUAGAAGUUACCAAGCAGGAAGAAAAGCUCACCCAAAAGGAAGAUGAACUCAAACAAGUAAAGGAAAAACUUGAUGUAGCUACUACAAAUGUACAAGAAUACGAGCGUAAAUACCAACAGGCUGUAGCCGAGAAAGCUGUGCUUUCAGAACAGUUGCAAGCUGAAGUUGAGUUAUGUGCAGAAGCUGAAGAAAUGAGGGUUCGACUGGCUGCACGGAAACAGGAAUUGGAAGAAAUUCUGCAUGACUUGGAAACUCGCAUUGAGGAGGAAGAAGAAAGGUCUAAUAAUUUGAUGAAUGACAAAAAGAAACUCCAACUGAAUAUUCAGGACUUGGAAGAACAAUUGGAAGAGGAGGAGGCUGCAAGGCAGAAACUGCAAUUGGAGAAAGUUCAGUGUGAUGCUAAGAUCAAGAAACUAGAAGAAGACUUUGCUCUUUCUGACGAUCAGAACCAGAAGCUUUUGAAAGAAAAGAAAAUUCUUGAGGAGCGAGCUGCAGAUCUCUCUCAGACUCUUGCAGAAGAAGAAGAGAAGGCCAAACAUUUGUUGAAACUAAAAGCAAAACAUGAAUCUACAAUUGCAGAGUUAGAAGAAAGGCUUCUGAAGGAUCAGCAACAACGACAGGAAAUGGAUCGCUCUAAGCGGAAAAUAGAGACUGAAGUUAGCGAUCUGAAGGAGCAGUUGAACGAAAGAAAAUCUCAGGUUGAGGAGCUUCAGCUGCAACUUGGAAAACGAGAGGAGGAAUUGGCACAGGCUCUGAUGCGCAUUGAUGAAGAAGGGGCUGGGAAAGCUCAAUCUCAAAAGGCAAUGAGAGAAUUGGAAUCACAGCUGGCUGAGCUUCAAGAAGAUCUGGAAGCAGAAAAAGCAGCUAGAAGUAAAGCCGAAAAGCAAAAAAGAGACUUAAAUGAAGAACUUGAAGCCUUGAAAAAUGAGCUGUUGGAUUCCCUGGACACAACAGCUGCCCAGCAAGAGCUUAGAACAAAAAGAGAACAGGAAUUAGCAACUCUCAAAAAGACUCUUGAAGAGGACACUCAAAUUCAUGAAGUGACUAUAGCUGACAUGCGCCAUAAGCAUAGCCAGGAAAUCACUGCCAUUAAUGAACAAUUGGAGACUCUUAAGAAGUCAAAACAGACUAUUGAAAAAGCAAAACAACAGUUGGAGGCAGAGAAUGCAGACCUGACUACAGAAUUACGAUCUGUUGGAGCAAGUAGGCAGGAAUCUGAGAGACGGAGGAAACAGGCAGAAAGCCAACUUGUAGAGUUGCAAAGUAAAGCUGCAGAGUUGGAGCGAUCUCGACAGGAGUUGUCUGAACGGGCUGCCAAACUGCAAGCAGAAGCUGAAACAAUUGGUAACCAGUUGGAGGAGGCAGAGCUUAAGGCAUCAGCUGCUAUAAAGAAAGAAACAAGGCAAAAGUUGGCACUUAGCUCCAAACUUCGACAAAUAGAGAGUGAAAAAGAAGCUUUGCAAGAACAGUUGGAAGAGGAAGAGGAAGCAAAGCGCAACUUGGAGAAGCAACUAGAGGCCGCAGCUGUCCAGUUGCAGGAAGCCAAGAAACGGCUGAUUGAAGAAACAGAACUUGUCAGUCAACUAGAAGAAGUGAAAAAGAAACAAGCGAAGGAUAUUGAAGCAUUGCAACACCAAGUUGAAGAGCUGCAGGCAGCUCAUGACAAGCUUGAUAAAUCGAAGAAAAAGCUUCAGGCUGAACUUGAAGAUGCUAACAUUGAUCUGGAAGCUCAGAGAGCUAAGGUUUUGGAGUUGGAAAAGAAGCAACGAAAUUUUGAUAAGGUUUUAUCUGAGGAGAAGGCAGUUUCCCAACAGUAUGCUAAGGAAAGAGAUAUUGCUGAACUUGAAGCUAGAGAAAAGGAGACACGGGUUUUGUCACUGACUCGGGAGCUUGAUGAGCAGAGCGAGAAAGUGGAAGAACUGGAACGUAUUCGUCGCCAGCUGCAGUCUGAAUUGGAUGAGCUUGUCAAUAAUCAAGGAACUGCAGAUAAGAAUGUGCAUGAAUUAGAAAAGGCAAAACGUGCUUUGGAAAGCCAACUGGCAGAGCACAAAGCUCAGAACGAAGAGCUGGAAGACGAAUUGCAGUUGACAGAGGAUGCAAAACUCAGACUAGAAGUUAACAUGCAAGCAUUGCGUGCCCAAUUUGAGCGUGAUCUUCAAGCAAAAGAAGAGCAAGCAGAAGAGAAGAGACGAGGUAUCUUGAAACAGCUCCGCGACUUGGAGGCAGAAUUGGAAGAUGAGAGGAAACAGCGUGCAAAUGCUCUGGGUCAACGCAAGAAACUUGAAAGCGAUAUUAAAGACAUGGAGCAGCAAUUAGAGAUGCACGAUAAGAUCAAAGAAGAUGCUCUCAAGCAACUCAAGAAACUUCAGGCUCAAGCCAAGGACUCUGCAAGAGAUGCAGAAGAAGCUCGAGUGGCUAGAGAUGAAUUGGCUGCUGCAGCAAAGGAAACAGAGCGUAAACUUAAGGCCUUGGAGGCUGAAACACUGUUGUUGGAUGAGAAGAGACGUCUGGAAGCUCGUAUCACUACUCUUGAAGAAGAACUGGAAGAGGAACAGAGCAAUUCAGAGAUCCUUAUGGACAGAGCUCGUAAAGCGCAGAUGCAGAUCGAGCAACUUACUACUGACCUAGCAGCAGAACGUUCUACGACACAGAAAUUGGAGACUGGUCGCAUGCUCUUGGAACGUCAAAACAAAGAACUUAAGGCUAAGGAGCGACUAGCCCAGCAAAAAAUCAACCGCAAGCAGGACAAGAAAUUGAAGGAACUGCUCAUGCAGCUGGAGGAUGAGCGGCGGCAUGCUGACCAGUACAAAGAGACAGUUGAGAAGGGCAAUGCCAGGGUGAAGGCGCUAAAGAGACAACUGGAUGAGUUAGAAGAAGAAGUCACCAGAGAGAAGGCUCAGAAACGUAAAGCACAGAGAGAUUUGGAGGACAUGAUAGAAUCCCAUGAGAGCGCAGUGGUCCUGGUUCAGUGAUGAGCAUGGGUUCCCGGCUGACAGGGAGCAAGCGUGGAUCCAUCCCUACAGGCAGUGGUGAUGACUCCUCAGUCCAGGACGACAUGAUUGAUGGAGAAGAAGUUCCAAAUUAGAUGUGCUUCAUUUCCUUCUUCCCAGUUGCCACAGCAUAGAGGUCUAGUUGGAAGUGUGCAAGUUGCGUGCCUUAGCACACUGCCAAGGUAUUUUUUUUAGGUUGUCAAUAUGAAGUUUUUGUUUUACAAAUUGGCAAGUUGUGACUAUAGGUGAGCAUGCAAUUUGCAUAAAUCUCAAGGACCCAUGUGCUGAACUUGAUUGUAUGAUUAUUUAACACUGUGAUUUAGUGAUGUAUGCCUGCCUAGCAGUGUAUAACAAAUUUGCUCCUCCUGUGGGUAAAGGAGCAAAGAACAUUCCCUUGCUUUUGCAUCAGAAAAGAAUCAUGGUUUCACCAUUCCACGAGCUGUAAAGAUUUGGGAGCAAACAUUUGGAGGACUGAGGCAACUUGCCCACACAUGUAAUGUACUAACCCUGCUUAGUGGGUGUGCACUGCUGUCCUCUGGCUCCCUGGUGCGUAGAGAGUUCGAGGCUCCCAAACUGGAUGUCCUCGUGCCUUGAGAAAGAAUGAGUCUGAAGAACUGCUUAGUUGCUGUGUGUACCAUUCUGCCUAGAUGAGUUUUCUUCAGGAAGUUAUGAAAAGACUAACGUGAUUUUUCUUAUAAUGUGAGACACAAUUUGUACAGCAAUCAAUGUUUUUCAAAUCUGGUGAUAGGUAUCUUACAGGAAAGCUUGAUACUAUAAUAACCUGAUAUUUGCCUUCAUUUUUCUACUCUGUAUGUAGGUGCAUAGAAAUCUUAGUGAAUUGUAUUUAAUGAUCCCGAGUCAAGAGUACUUAGCUCUAAUUUUGUAAUUUAAGGUUUUUCUUAUUUGGUUAUUCAGAGACAAUUGAGUGAAUGCUGGUGUUGUAAGUUGAGCAUGAAUGUAAAUAAAUAACACACCACUUCUAAUUCUUUACAUUUAGAUGACAUUGUACUGAGUUUCAACAAUGAGGGACAUUUUCAAAAUCUUGUUAUAAAACAGGUCAAUAAAUCUUUACUAUUAUUCAGACUGUGACUAGUGCCCGAUCCCAUGUCUUCCUAACUCCUAAUGAAGUCCCUCAAUGCUGUGUUAUGAAUAAUGGUCUAUUAUUGAAUUUAUUCACCAAUUAUCUUUUUUAUUAGACUUGUUCUAGGAACAAUGUCAUGAUGUAAUAUAUUAAAUUGUACAUAAAGUUUACUUAAAUAAUUUUUAUGAAAUUUAUUAAAUAUUUUAAACAAAGCAAUCAUGUCAGCAUUUAUAGUCAAUGGAUAUUGAGAAGGAACUGGUGAACAUAAUUUAAUUUGCAUUGGAAAAGGUUCCCAUUUUCCUGAAGACAGUGCAUUGAUGGUGUCACAGUGAGAUUGUAUUGUGAUUAAUUUUGUAUUGUGGAUAGCCAUACUAAACCAAUCGUAAAUUAAGAAUUGGUGUCUGAGAAGGUAUAGGCUAAGUAUGAUGGGGUUAUAGGAAAUGCUAUAAAAGGAAAUAAAAGGAAAAACCAUGAAUAAUUCUGUUAGUUUUAUUUUAUCCUUUGGAAAACUACUGUAUCUUUUUUAUGCUAGUUGUUGUUUGUUUGUAUUAAGUAGGAAGAAUGUUGAUAGAAAAAAAACACUAUCUUGUAAGUUAUGAGAAGGAGGAAUUGUAGAAAUGGUCUUUACAAAAUUCAAAAGGUACAAAUUAAAGAGAGAGAACUUGGAUUGAAAUUUAGCAAGGGAGAUUUCUCUUUGAAGAGAGGGCCUGUUAAGUCAAAAACAAUGAAUGUGAGUGGACACAUGCUUUUCAUACGAUGGCCUGAUGUAAUUGUGCAGAUGCAAGUUAUUAAGGACCAUGGUAUUACUGUGAGGUAUCUCACUUAAGACAAUGUUAUGAACAUGACAUUUGAUUACUUACUAGACUUGGUUAGACUAGGCAGAAUCAUAAGAAAAUUAGAAAUCAUUGUUAAUCCCUUGAGCAGGCAUUUCUGAAACUCAGGUGGACUUGCUGCUUGAAACUUGGGGAAGCUUGAAUUUUCAAUCAUUCAACUAAGAUAGGUUGGUGCAUCUCAUAAAUCUGCACUUUCCUAUUUGAAUAUAUCUUACUUUUUCAAUGGCUCCUAGAGCUUUUCAGCUCUGCAAAUUAUUAAGCCUAGACACUACGGACUUAAAAACUGCUGAUGCUUGAAACCACUUGCACUAAGGUCUAGUAACUGGAAUCACAUUUCCACAAUCAUCCAGGCAUUCUUUAAUAUCCCUUGGGAAUAAUUGAAUUUUCUCCACACUUUCAAACUUUUAGUAGGAAGAGGUAUCUGUCACCUUGUAGUAGGGAUGAGGGAGACACACCUCAGUGCCAAGAGCGAGAACAGGUUGGAAAUUGGAGUCACUUGCUCUCUUGAUUGCCCAGUAAAGCCCUAACAAAUAUUUAAUUGAAAAACAGUAUAUUUAAAGAUAUAAUUGACAUUUUUAACUGAUCCAAUUAUUGUAACUUUGUAUAACUGCAUAAUAGUUAUUUACAAAAUAAGCAUUAUAAAAGACUCAACUGGUUAUUAAACUCAUUUGAGAAUUCUCCACUCAUAUAUUGUAAUAAGAUGUCACAAUACAAAUAUUGUGCAUUAUUUCCACUUUGUUCAAAUUCAAAUGAUUAUAAUUUUUGUUUAAAUAUAAUAUUAUUUUUGUUAAUUUAGCCUCGGAAUUGUGACACUAAUAUUGACAGAAGUUAAUAGACCGCCAUGAAUUAUUAGAACGGUUUUAAUACCACUUUUAUUACAACUACAAACCGAAAUUGAUAGUAAUAGUAGGUCAUGGUUCACACUUGGAGAACAUUCUAGUGGUAAUGCUGUCAAGAUUGAUUGCGAUUUCAUAAAGUUUAACUUAAGAUAACCAAAGUGGAUGAAAAUUAUGUAUUAUUCAGAAGACUUAACCAUAUUUGAAUGUUGUUACUUUUGUAUUAAUUGGUGCAGUAAAAGUUUAUUAGGAGAAGGGAAGGUUGAAAAGUCCUCAUAUUUUCUUCUUCUGGGUAAAAUGGACAAAUAUAUUAUUUGUUUUUACGCUUGAAGAAAAAUGUGUAUUUUUCUAAUUUAAUAAUAACGAAGGAAUUUAUUUUGACUAUUCCACUCGUGAAAUUAAUACCAUUAGUGUUUAACUAUAUUUGCAAAAUGCCCCAAUCAGGGCAGUGUAACUCAAAAAGUUUAUCGCUUUUUCUCUCCGUUAUUUCUUACCGCUUCUAGCUACGGGGGAAUCAUACAUUGUGACUCGACCAUAUUAGGAGGCGAUUUACAUCUAUCGCUAUGUCGAUGUCUAAUUAACAGAUUAUGUUCUAUAACAUAAUCUCUGAUUUUAACACACGCUUUAAAUUCAAUAUUUGGCGCAGUUUGGAACUCUGUUGGACAUACUUUCACCCGUGGAAUAGUCCUAUUAAAUAC